CUAACUACGUAGUUCAGGAUCCAAGUCCCAGAGCAAAAGACAGGUCAGGUCGUACAGGCACUUGACGCUACGAGAUCGGUGAAAGAUCCACCAAGUACGAAGUACAUACGGAAACGUCAUCCCCGGUCCAUCCGUCACUACUCGUGAUCUUCAACAGACCUCCAUGCCUAUGCGCGCUCCUCCUCUCCCGCAAUCACAUCGAUAACAGCCAAUUGGGCCCUCAUCCACCAUGGCUCAGCAUCGUCUCCAGCGCCUGACCUCACCCUCGCUGUCCUUUUCACUCCUCCUCCACGUCGCGGGCAUCGCCUCCUUCAGCUACAGCUUCCACUUCCUGACCAUCUGGGAGACGCCCUUUGACGACGCCUACGGUUGGCACUUCCAGUUCCUCACCAUCAUCGGCCUGUUUGUCUCGCUCCUGUGCUUCGUGUCGGGCGCGCUCGCCGACGUCACUGGCAGCGCCGCCCUCUUCGAUGUCAAGAAUGCCCUCGCCGUGCUCGCCACGCCCCUCGAGGCUGUCAUCUCCCUCCUCUACUGGGGCAUCAGCGCCUUCAACCCGGAGCUCCUUUUCGUCGGCGACCUCGCCGUACCGCUGACGGCCGAUGUCGGGUUCCACAUUGCCCCCGCCGUCUUCCUCACGCUGGACCUCGUCCUACUGAGCCCGCCGUGGACCGUUCCCGUGUACGGGGUCAUGAGUCUGAGCACUGUGUUUGCCUUUGGAUACUGGUACUGGGUUGAGCUGUGCUUCAGCAAGAAUGGAUGGUAUCCGUAUCCGCUGUUCGGCUUAUUGUCCACAGCACAGCGUGUCCUUCUCUUUGUGACUUCUGCAGCGCUCGUCACUAUAUCGUCUGGUGCCCUCAAGUGGGUGUAUGGAAACGUCAAUAGCUAUGAUAAGGCCAUGAAAGAGCCUCAUAAACCAAUCAAAAAGGUACAGUGAAGAGAGAUGCAACGCAGCUCUCGUUCCUACCGGUAAUUUUGUGCCCCGUCUACAAAAUUACGUUUUGAGGCACUCUGUGUUUGAGCUAGAACUUGAAAUGUAUACCAAGAGAGAUCGACGUAAAAUCGGGAGCGAAGGUGCCAGGGGACAGAAACUGGACGGUUGUCCAUUUUCAAGAUGUAUGCAAAGUAGACAUGAUCAACCAUGAGUCUGGAGCGGAAAGUUGAUGCCAGCGCUGUCUUGCAUCCAUCAAGCAGCGGUGUAUAUGUCGUUGCCCUCUUGCUACUUUCCAACCAUUCCCGUUGC